ACAGGAUUGGCGCUUGUUACGGUUUGAGAAUGGUGUCGUCCUUCUUCCGGUGAUAUCUCGCGUUUCCUCAGUCCCAGAGGUGGAAUGCUUUGCUGUAGAAGUGAAGAGUAUAAGGAGCAGAGCAGGAUUAAUAAGGAAAUUGAAAAACAACUGAAAAAGGACAAAAAGGAUGCACGGCGGGAGCUGAAGUUACUUCUACUUGGUACUGGCGAAUCAGGAAAAAGUACCUUCAUCAAGCAGAUGCGCAUCAUCCACGGUGCGGGAUAUUCGGAUGAGGAACGUCGUACUUUCAUUAAAAUUGUUUACCAGAAUAUAUACAUGGCCAUGUUCUCCAUGACCCGUGCAAUGGAGUCCCUGAAGAUCCCUUAUGAGAAUCCGGACAAUCACGCUAACGCUGCUCUGCUUCGCGACGUUGACUACGAAACAGUUACCACCAUGGAGCCACACCAUGUGACCGCAAUCAAAGCGCUGUGGGACGAUCCAGGCCUCAAAGAGUGUUACGACCGACGUCGCGAGUACCAGCUCAGUGACUCGGCCAAAUAUUACCUUGACAACCUGAGCCGGAUAGCACAAUCGGACUAUGUUCCAACACUUCAGGAUAUUCUGCGCGUCCGUGUUCCAACAACAGGAAUCGUGGAGUACCCGUUUGACCUGGACUCAAUCAUUUUUCGCAUGGUGGAUGUCGGUGGACAACGAUCCGAGCGUCGAAAAUGGAUUCACUGUUUCGAGAGUGUCACGUCUAUCAUGUUCCUCGUCGCACUCUCCGAAUAUGACCAGGUCUUGGUCGAAUCCGACAACGAGAAUCGGAUGGAGGAGAGCAAGGCACUGUUCUGCACGAUCAUCAACUAUCCGUGGUUUCAGGACUCGUCAGUCAUCCUGUUUUUGAAUAAAAAAGAUUUGUUGGAAGAGAAAAUACAAUACUCCCAUCUGGUUGAUUACUUCCCCGAAUUCGAUGGCCCACAACGCAACGCAGAAGCAGCUCGCGACUUCAUCUUGAAGUUGUUCGUCGAGCUCAACCCUGAUCCGGACAAGAUUAUCUAUUCUCAUUUCACCUGUGCCACGGACACAGAGAAUAUCCGCUUUGUUUUCGCCGCGGUAAAGGACACUAUCUUACAGCUGAACCUCAAAGAGUACAAUCUGGUCUAAUGUCCCAGUGAUUCACUUAGAUCGCUUUCCAAGUUGCCAGAACCCCAGUAACCACAACGGACGUGAGCCAUUAUACUUCGUCACCAAACCAAUUGAGAUUGAUGUUUGUUCUCCGCGUCCUUGCCCUGUGAGCGUGCAAAGGAAACGCAGUCUGCCGGAACAUCACGUUCAACCAUCCGCCAAUGUGCGUCCCUUCUGGCAAUCACACCUAUCAAUCUCACACACGGCCCACUCUCCUCGGCUUUCCGUGUGCGCUAAUGUAAAAACCUAGCAGCUGAUUAGUUUGCCCUGCUCUCUUCGUUAUUCUUUGCUUUCGCAAUGCCGACGUGUCAUCUUCCCUUCGUCAGCAUGUCGUGUGUUAUUUGUUCCUUUUUCUCGAAGUUUCUGUUCUCAUCUUGUGUACCUUGAUUAGACCAGAGUUUAUUAUCGUACCCUUGGCGUUUGAUUUGUUACUGUACAACACACACACACACACACUCGUGAUGCUUUGAUUCUGUUUUUUUUUUCGUUCCCGACAAAACCUCACCUGAAUCUCUGCAUGUGCGCAAACGGCACGGUAACUUGCGUGCGGGUUUGCCACUUCUUUUCUCCGGUGUUUUGUCAUACAACUCCAGCAUUAGCCGCACCCUAUUGUAUAGCGAUCGACCAUCGUACUGAGACCACAGUCUCCGAUAUCCUCUUUAAGCACUGUUGAGAGUGACAACUUGGUUGCCUACAGAGGUGUGGACUGUGACUGAGUUUAGGAUGCCUUCCAAUGCCUUUUUCCUCGUUUUGGCAUGCAAACAGUUCUAAUCUGGCCAGGGCGGUAUUCAUCCAGUACUUAACACGACUUGUCCCACGAUAUUGUUCACUUUUUGUGACCUUCAUUUUUGUUCGUCCGACUAAUACGAUCAAGCAAUAUACUCAUCGAACCAUGUAUUCCUUAACUUGGACGCUUGGUUUUCAUUUGCUCUGUUCAGUUAAAUUCUUUCCUUUUUUCUCUGUUGUUAUUUUUUGCCAAUGUUUUUUCCAAGUGCGCUUACUAGUCCACUGGUUACGGUGGCCAGUAGAGAUUUUUUUGUAAAACGCGCGAUGGUGUCGAACAAAUGGGGAACAGACAAACAGUAAAUUGCUUUCUGGAGUCUACUACUGCUGGGGAGACA